GUAUAUUCCUGGGGCGUUGCUUCCAAACACACCGGCCGGCUUCCACUGGGUUCCAUCCGUCUUGUGUCUGAAUGAACGCGUCGUGGUUUUAGGACAGAUUCACGAUGGCGACUGGUGUGGAAACAUCGGAAUAGCGAUGGUGGGUGGAACCCUUACAGGGCGCAUCGUCCUUUACUUUGAUUCUCGCAUUCAAACCAAUUUUUUAAAUCCGCCAGAGUAUGCGGUUCAUCGGCGGUAUACCAGUCAUCCGUUGCUCCGAAAAGGGACCCUGCUCUCGACCUUUUACUGGGGUUCCUCCGUUGCACUCGUAAUGGAUGUGCCGCGGGAGACCUCGUUUGCUGUCAAGACGGGAGACGUGGUGAAAGCGGGCGAGGCACUGAUCACAUAUUAA